AUGCUUCCAGGGAUUGGAAACUUGAACAGCCAAAGGGCUAACCCUGGACAAAGACGUUAUGGCAAACGGAAGGACAGUGCGAUAAGGACAUUAGUUGCGGAGACUUUAGUGUUGGCCAAAACCCAUGGCUACGUGGAGAAGAUCGAGAACGAACUCGAAGAGGAACUCCAGCAAGAUAUUGACCCUCCUAAGGAAAAUCUCGGAAGGUGGAGAAGAAAAGGUUAUCAGUUCUUUAAAAGUAAAUACAUGCUCCUGACUGUCGUGGUGUUGUGUAUAACGGACUGUGCACUUGUACUAGGAGAGCUAACUCUCGAUCUACACAAAGUCAAAGUGACUCUUGAGGAGAAUGAAAAGUUGACGGAAAGCACUACUGUGUUUCUUAAAAACAUGAGGCUGCAACAUCAUCAGUAUUUAAUUGGAAAACAGUUUCCGGAAGUUUUCGAUAUGCUAAUGGCAGCCUCUAUCCAGUGGAACAUAUCAGAAUAUAAUUUAGCUCACAAUGAUGACGAAAACAAUGUUAAUAUAACAAAUCGGCGUCGACGGACAUUGACGAAGCCGAAAGAACAUAUUGCUAGAGCCUCGGACAGCCAUUUUGUAUUGGAUGAAGCUGCCAUAAAUGAAAAUCAUCAUGCAAAGGAACAAAGCAUACAGGAAGAAAUAGCACAUGCGUUUCAUUUUGCUAGUAUAUCUAUAUUGGGAAUAAUAUUAUUAGAGACAAUACUGAAGGCACUAUGUGCUGGUUGUAUAUUUUUUCAUCGACGUCUCGAGGUAUUCGAUGCGUUCAUUGUGAUAACGUCGUUUAUUGUUGACUCGUGUUUGAUGGUAUACCUGCCUAUGUAUGAUACCAGGGACUUUGUUUUCAUACUGGCUUUCCUUCUUCCCUGGAGAGUCAUCCGGGUCGUCAACAGCCUGGUGGUAGCUGUGAAGGACCACGAACACUUCAGGUUAAAGCUUGUCUAUAGUCGUAAAAAGAAGAUUCAGAACAAUCUCAGGGAGGCUGAAGUCAGAAUGCAAAUAUUUAAGUAUCAAUGCAACGCAUUAAAACGGCUGUGCCUAGCCGAGGGUCUAGAUGAGUGGAAAGUCGAUCACUGUCUCAAGGUGGAGCAGAAAUAUCAACCCACGAUUGGUAAGAAGAAAUGUAAAGUAAAGAUCGAUAGCUCCACUCUUUCUCUGAUUACGGAAUUGGAAGAGGGCUGUUCCUCUACCAGAUCUUCUCCCAGACACUCCCUGCCCUCCUUGGAUUUCCCCGGACUGCGAUUCCUUAACGGACACUCCAAACACAACGAAACCAACGGGAGUAUUGAGGAGAACGGCAACGAUCUUGAUCAGACUCACCAAGACGCUUGAAACAGCGGAGAGCGCCAACCUAACCUUGAUGUUAGAUGGAAGUGUCUAUUUUUAUCGGCGUGUUAAUUUGUUUGUUACCUAGUAAUAUAGUUUAUUGUUUGCCGGCGAAAUUUUAUGAGCAACCUUGACAUAUUACUGUUAUUUUCUUGCAACAUUUCGUACCGUAUAUUGACGGAGUGUGCCACAUUAAAAGCAAUGGUGAAAGGCUGUUAAAGUGCGUUUUACAUAAUGCAAAACAAAACCGUACCAUCGCAAGUUGAAAAUUAUGUGUCGAUCGCUAAUGAAAUGCAACCUUUUAACAAUUCGUUUUAAUCGUGAUUUUAAGGGGGGAAUGUUGAUUUCUAUUUUGUUUAAGUCAACAGGUGAACGUAACAAUGUAAUUGGAAAGUUACCUAAAAAUGUAAGGGUCCCAGUGCAAAUAGACCAAGCUGCUCCCUCGACGGGGUCAGGGCAAAAUGGAGGACCUGUACUAAGACAUUUCAUUGGUUCCAAACUAAAUUGCUGACCAAUCGCAAGGCUGUAUUGGUCCUUUCAAAAUUACUAAACGCUACACACAAUUUAGGGCCGACGAAUUUCAUCUUAUCUCUGUCAAACCAAUAAUUUCAUCCGUAUUAAGGAUAUCAGAUGUGAUAAACCAACACCCGUAAAGUUCCUAGGGUUAUCAACUCGUAUAAUCCGCCAGGUGGCGUGUAUGUAGUACUUGUAUUUCCCGGAACACUUUCUUCGGGUGUGUAGAUAAUACUUAUAUCAACAACUGAACUCUUGGAUUGCGUAGGUGGGGAAACAAAAUUGCUUUAUUAUGUUUUUAACUAAUUAUAUAUUUCAAAAUGCACGGUAGUUACAUUAAUACCACGUUAACACUAGACUAAGGCUGUAUUCGAUUGGCCGUCCAGUGUGCCUUUUUCUUCAUGUUUACGUCCCGGUAUCUUGUUGGACCAUGAAAACAAGACAUAUACCGAUCUCCAAACAUGGAGGGCAUUUUUGUUUCAAGUGACAUAAAUAAUUUGUAUUUUGCUCCUGCUAAAAACAAUUUAAAAACUACCAUAUUUAAUAGCAAACGUGAUUUUUUUUAAUAAUGAAUACACAAUUUUCUUGACCUUUUGAUAUAUCAGUAUUUGUUCAUUUUAAUUUAAUUCCAUGUGAAUUAUAUACUGUAGUGUAAACUCUCUUCUCAGAAGAGCUGCAUUUAUGUAUGUAUUUUUUUUUUUAUUGUAUUAAGUAAAUGCAUUCAAGGUCUUUCAAAAUAGUAAUGUUAUAAGAAAAUUAAAUGUUUCAAUUAUCUUUACCUCUCUGCCUUGGCUUUAAGUAAAAUGGAAUUUAACUGUAAAUGAAUGCCAUGACCACUAUUAUCCCGAAUAUUUAGUGAUACAAAUACACUUUGCGUGUGCGUUAAGAAGUUUGAUAUUUUCUCCGCUUUGACAGUUGUUUUUCCCAGUUUAAAAAUCUACAAUGAUAUUCUUAUCACACAGGUUUGGCAAUCAAACCUUUUUUAUUGAUCGAUUAAUUAUAAAUAUGACAUUUUAAUAUGCAAAUGAACUCCCUACUAAAGUCAUUUUAUGCAUGUAAUGUAAAUACAUAUUAGUGUUUCUUUUGUAAAUAGACUGUAUCGUUUAUGUCAUUUAAACAUGAUGGGCUUUUUUGAUGAU